UUAAGAUUUUAAAUGACGUUCUCUUAAAACAGUGGUUUAGGUUUAAUUCUGUAUGCAUUGCUAAAGUUGCAUCACUCAGUUCGCGUCCACCUGCUGUCUGAUCUCAAUAUACCAACACUUGAGGACACGUUGCGAAUGCGUCGCGAUUCCUGAGGAUUACCCAGCGUGCCCCGCGGGAAAGAUGGCGCUGGACGGGAUCAGAUGGAGAUAAACUUUACCCGAAAUCUGGAACAGCCGUUAUCUGCACCUGCGAUCAGCAAUAUCACUUCACCUGCUCACCAAGAGAUAACGGCACGAGGACGAAGGGUUGGCGGUGGCGCGUGAAGGUGCUCGCGGGGAGAUUUUAACGGACGUGAGUCAGCGAGGAAAAAGAAGGAAAAGCGGGCAAAGUUUAUUCCGAUUGAGCAAGAGUCAAGAUCGAUCUCGGGCUUCGACUGCAGAAAAUCCAUCAGAGGUCAUUGAUAGCCCUGAGGUUCACAUGCUCAACAGAGGAGGAGCAGGAGCAGGACUAAGAGAAGUGAGACUCAUGCUAGAUUGAGUUUCCUUGGCGACCAGAGGGACACACUCGGGGCGAUGACUCUGGAGAAUGCAGCAUGCACACAUGAGAAUGCUCAGGGACUGAGAACUUGUGACUGAGGACAUCACUGACACUCCAACUCCAGUUGCGGGACUAACAGACAGUGUAUGGAAGCACACUGAUCUCCCAGAAUGACGAGUGCUGCUCCAGCCCGAAAACCAUACCGAAAGGCACCUCCGCAGCACUGCGAGUCACGCCACACUGUGCCAGUGUUCAGAGAGGAUGGAAGCGGGAGUGCUCUGCCGUCUGUCAACCCAGCAUCAUCAGCCCAGCCUGACCCCUUCCAGGAGUCCUUAUCAGAUGCCGACAGGAUAAAGAUCCUUCAGCAGCAGAAUGAAGACCUCCGUCACCGUCUGUCUCAGACCACUCAUAAGAUGGAGUCGAUUGAGACGGACUUUGAAACCAGUCGGCAUUACAUGCAGGCAGAUUUGGGCCGCACCAGAGAUGACCUGGAGAAAAUGAGGGACAAAUUCAGGAGACUGCAGAACAGCUACACAGCGUCUCAGAGAGCUAAUCAAGACCUGGAGGAGAAACUUCACGCCCUGCUCCGUAAGGUGGAGAGAGACAAGAAGACCAUGGAUCAAGAGAUAGUGGAGCUCACAAAUAAAUUAGUUGAUGCCAAAAACACUGUCGACAAGCUGGAGGAACUGAACGAACGCUAUCGGCAAGACUGCAAUUUGGCCGUGCAGCUGUUGAAGUGCAACAAGUCACAUUUCAGGAACCACAAGUUUGCUGAUUUACCAUAUGAGCUGCAGGACAUGGUGAACAAGCACAUGAAGAGUAACUUGCCUAACAAGACUCUGGGCUCUCCAGGAGCUCAAGCCCAGGAACCUGACACUCUAAGCCUGACCCCCACAGAUGUUGUGCCCACUUCGGUCAUUGCCCGUGUUCUCGAGAAGCCGGAGCCCCUGGUGCUCAACUCAGCCCAGUCUAGCAGUAAUUCAGGUCGGCCAGUGGCUGAGGAUGUGUUUGUACACGUGGACAUGACGGGACCCCAAGAUGACAAUAGAGGGCGUGAGAAUGGGGGACCUAUUCAUGGUAGGUCUCCUGUAGGAGCUGGUUCUGAUCAGCAGCAUGUGAACGGUAUGUGUCGAAGCCAGGGAAGCCUAGAAGUUCUAGCUGUUGAAGAUGGGGCAGCCCCCUCCUUUGAGAAGCUGAACCCUUACCCAGCCCCUCCACCACCACACCCACUUUACCCUGGCCGCAAAGUGAUCGAGUUCACUUCAGAUGACAAAGUGAAGAUCCCCAAGAACAGCCCACUGCCCAAUUGCACCUAUGCGACGCGUCAGGCCAUUUCACUCAGUCUUGUGCUGAAUGAAGAGGAAGCAGCCGAGCGUCAGCGUACCAUUCCGAAUAGCCCUGCUGUAUCUGAUGGGGGUUGGCGGUCAGGGACCUCCUCAUCUUCCGGUGGAGGCCAUGCUUCUCACCAACAAACGCCUCCACUGAUGGAUGCCGUGGACACUCUCUCUAGUCAUUCAAGCCCCUUUAGCAGUCCUCCUCAGCCCCCCAGCGCCUUCGCCAGCUCAGGUAGCUCCGAGGAGGACCUACUGGUCAACUGGCAGCGCAUGUUUGUGGAAAGAAUGGCGCCAUCUACAGAAGGCUCCCUUGUCAACCGCACAUCCUUAAGCUGCGAGACCGUAAAGGAUCUCCAACAAAGCCAAAAUGAUAAAUCAGGGGUUGGGGUCCUAGGAGGUGCUUACUCUGAUGGCGAGGAUGGAUCCUCAGCCCAGAGCUGGACAGCAAGUAGAGAGUCCAGUUUGGAUACAGACACAAGCAGUUUGGCAGACCUCCAAGCAAAGAAGACACAAUACGCUGGUGGCUUUUCCCAGGAGGAGGGCAAACACCUUCUGAUGUCAUUUGAUCCACUUGAGAAUGAUGGUGCUAGUGGUGAUACCAUGGUCACUGUAGAGAGCAGUCCAGCCUCUGCAAAGCUUCAGGAGUUUGUAGAAGAUGCCGGCUCUGCAGGAAGUUCAGCUGAGGAACGAGAUAUACUACCCCAGGACUUUCCAGUCAUUGGCUCAAAAGUUGUAGCUACCCUUGAGGAUUAUGCAGACAAGCCCCCUCGGACUGGCUCCUCACGGCCUCUAAAGAACCCCAAGAGAAUGGGGGUUCAUCAUUUGCACCGCAAAGACAGCCUUAGCAGAGCCCAAGAGCAUGGAAACUUGCUGGACUGAGACUUCCAGGUUCACUUUUCUCUCUUUCUUUACCUUGAGUGCUCUUCAUCUUACUAGCAAUCACUAGUCAUUGCAGCACACAACAAAUGAAGUGGAUCAGACCAGCAUUGCUGCAGUCAUCCCUGACCAUUCCGCUGUUGCUGAGGCAUCUUUGUCACUCUUCUGACCUCUCUUUGAGGCAUGAAACUCUUAUCUGUGGAACCUAUGGUUUUGAUGGAAUCUGUGAAGUACCGUAAGUCUGGUUGCAGCUUCAGUAAGUCAAACUAGUGAGUGACAUGCGACAUCUAGAGGACAGUGCUUCAGGGAUUGAACAAGAAUAUUUUAGUCUGACUUAAAGUGAUUUUCACAACUCCAAGAUGUGGUUUCUGAGAUUGAGUGGUUUACAACAAGACAUAGCCAUACAAUCACACCUCUGAAAAGAAAGAGUUCUUAAUUUGAGACAAGAAAAAGCAGUGCAAGAACCGAUCGCUGUGGCAUGAUACGGACAUGGAACAUCUUACAAAAUGGAUGUUUUACCAUUUACUUUUGGUCAAGUGUGAGCAUUUUCUACCAAGAUAAUGAUUAAUUGUCAGUAUCCCAGUACAAGCCAUUUGUUGCUGGAAAUGGCACCAAAUGGCCACAACUUAGCAUUUGCCAGAGGUAUUCUGCUGGUUGAAGCAGGUUUAAUGAAGUCUAUGGGACUCUCAAUUUUCAGUGCCUAACCCUUGCUCUGACAGAGGGGGCUCUCCAUCACCCUUUAAAUGAACAUUUUUUUCCUUCAGUCAGCUGAGGAUCAUUCACCUCUAAUUUUCUGACAGUUACCUCUCUUCGUUGAUCUACCACUGUAUUUUACAACCCAACCUACAGACAGCUUCUUUUUUUUUUUUAAAUCAAUAAAAUAAACUAUUAAAGGAUUUUGAUUUGACUGUUGAUAUAUUGGUUUAAUAAUCAAAUACUUGGAUAUACUUCCUGAUUUUCAUUCUCACUUGUUUUAUUUGACUAAUGUAUUCAAAAAUUAUGAUUUCAAGUGGGUUUGUGUGUGCGUGCGUGCGUGUGUGUGUUUGUGUGUCCUGUUACUCAAAGCAGUUAAACACGUGCAGUACUAAAUAAAAAAAAACAGAUUACAGAAAACUGAUUUUAUACAGUAGUCCAUAAAAAAUGGAGAUCAGUGUUUAAGAGUAAGGCUGAAAUAUUUAGAUGUGUCAUUGAUAUUUUGUGUCCUCUAAAUGUGGGGUGUAUUGUGUCCCCUUGCUGCUGAUGAGAGAUUGGCAUUCAGAGGGCUUAACAUUUCAAAAACUAUGCAUCUAAUAAUGUUUAAAAACACAACAAAAACUUGAAUCACAGCUGAGCUUUAUGUACGUUAUGGUAACAUUACUGACUUUUAAAUUACCUAAAGUUGCAUACAUUAGAUAAAAAAUCAGAUAACAUGCUUUGUUAGAGUGCACUGACACACAUUAUUUUGAUAAUUUUUCUGUUUAUUGUUAUUUGUUUUUUCAAAUCCUGGUUUGAAGGAAAGCCAUGUUUUGAUCUUAACGAAUGUAAUCUUUAUGUAGCAUCCAUUUUCAUUGGUUCUUUAUUAUUCAUUAACUGAUCACACCUGCUGUAUGUAUUUAAGGGGAAGGUGCAUCCCGCUGUCAUUUGGUGUGCUUUUGUGUGUAUUGUUUUGUGGAAAUCUGAAUUCUCUUGAUUUUAAAUGAUCAGUCUGUCCAAUCGAUACUUUAUACAGAAAUAUUUUUUUUUUCUAUACUGAUUAUUCCUGUCGUAUAUUUCAGUCAUUUCAUUUCAAAAAGUGUUUUAACAUUUUAUGACAUUAAUCAGCUGUUCUGUAAUGUAAUUACAUCGGGCAAGUAUUGAAAGUUCGAUGCAACCAAUACAAGCAUCCUCACACUUUUGUUUUGAUUAUAUAUUUGAGAGAUAAUUAAACUCCGUAUUGCCUUUUGAAGUGCUGCUUGCUUUGUGCUCUUUAUUUGCAAUGCAUUUUAGUCUUUAGAGCUCUACUCUUUACUAGCCAGAUGUCCCACGACAUACUCGUGUCAAGUAAUUCAUGCAAUAAUGUACUUUGUGUCUAAGAAUUAAAAAACAAAACAAAUCUUUGUGUAUUUUUCGGGACUUUGACACACAAUACCUUCCACCUUUACUAACUUAAAGGAACAGUUCACCCAAAAAUAACCAUUCAAGACUUCUGCCAUACUGGUGAUAUGCAAAACAGUAUUCUUCAGGUAAUGUGUAAGAGUAUCUUAUGUAUUUUAGAUUCUUAUGUAAGUCUUUUAUUUAUGGACAUAUCAACCAGUUUAAAAUAAGGUACAACAGCAUUUAUUUUAUUUAGCGGUAUUCCUGGAAAAGCAGACUUCUGUAAAAUGUCUACUGUAUGUAUUCACCUCAAAAUUGGUUUGCCACAGCACUCUUGCUUUGAAUAAUUCAGUUGUACGUUCGUCAUUGAAGGGCAGAAUGUGCCAUCCAAAGCUUCCCGAGUCCACACUUACUCUUUUCUUGUCUUACACUUUGGUCUUAGUACAUAGUAUCAAUCUUUCUUUGCUGUAUAUGAGGGUACCACUAAUAGCCCAUGAUUAAUUGAAGAGUAACGGCCCACCAUGCUGAAUAAUUCAUAUUUUAUUAUGUUCUAAAAUAGCUCUGUGAUGUUUUAAAGAGACCGAUUACUGCCCGUCAGGGUAUUGCAUGUCUAAAUUGAUGCCCUUAAAUAUUUCUGUUUCAUCAGAUGUUACAUACACUCAAGACUCCAGUGCACAUAAAGAAAAUAAAUAAUGUCUAGGAAGUGCAAGUCUCUAAUACACUGUGUAUAAACAUGAGCAUUUUUCUUAAUGUCUCCUGCAACUUCAAUCACUCAGAUAUUUAAUUGCGCACAUCAGAGACUCGCACAUCUCUUUAAUCCAAGGUGACCCUCCGGGGGUGCUGAAUGCAAAUCCUUCAAAACGUUUGCUGAGAAAUCGAAGAAAAUAAAAAAAAAUGUCAUGGUUGUCCUCCUUCCAAAUAUGCUAAUCCUAAACACGCCCAAAGUUAGAAAAACAUUGCUUUGUUAUCUUCUUUUUAACCUUCACGGCGAUGUGCAAUCUGCACCUUUUCCUUUUGAUCUGAUCAUUUAACGUUUGUAUUUAUCAUUAGGCCAGCUUUCAUAUAUAUAUUAACAAGAUUUAGAAUGAAAAGUCUACUGACUAAUGCUCCUGAUUUAAUGUCAAUAUGGAAUCAAAAUUGACCCCGUUUCAUUUCUAAUACAUGUUCCUGGUUGUAGUGCACAUUAUUCCUAAAAAACAAAAACAUUUGAAUAAUCUUUCAUCAAAAUAUAAUAAUUAACUCUGCCGUUGAAAUGACUUUUCUUUUCCACUUAUUGUCUCCUAGGAUCUGUGGGCAAUUGAAUAAUGUUGUGAACCAAUAAUUCUGGUCUGGCUCCAUUCUUCACUUUUUAUGAUCCAAUCAGAUCCCGAUAGAUAAACCUUACAUUUUAAUCUCAAAUGUCCUGUUGCACUUAGAAAUACAUCACAUUACAGAAAUAAAAUGGGUAGCAAUUUUCGUAUUUAUGUUUACUUUAAAUACAUGUUUAGAGUUCUUUAGUAAUUUAACACUUGAAUUAGAAAUUUGGCUAUUUGUUGCUUUGAUCAAGUUUUGAAACCCUUGUUUAUCUUGAUUAUUAUGCUGAUAACAUUUCAAUUUAUCAAAAGGGAUAUUUCAAGGGGGAAAAGACGGCAGAAUGAAGCUCAUCCACUUUUAUGUUGAUGGUAACAUUUUACUCAGUCGCAGUUCAGAUGUGUAUAAUUUCAUUUUGUUGUGUUAUUAUUAUUAUUAUUAUUAUUAUAAAAUUUUUCUGAAAGUCUUUGGCCAGAUUUUUGGUGCACACUCUAUAUACCUUGUCUACCAGUCUGACAUAUGUACUUUAGCAACAUGGUGCUUUUUACCUUGUUUUAUAUUUCAUGGAAUUCGUUUUUUGUUUUUCAUGCUGUGUUGAUUCCACCAUGGUGUCCGUGGUUGUGUAGAUGUAUCAUUCACAUUUUAAUUUUC